AAAACGCAAAUUGAAGCCUGAGUUCGUGGAGGAUGAAUUAGAAGAAAGACCUCGGGCCUCGUAUAAACCCAGCUGGCUGCCUCCUUCUGCCACAGGAGACACGGAUGCGGAUGAUCUUGCUGCAACAAAGGCCUCUAGCAUUACUGGCGUAGAUGGUGUUAGUGGAGGUGAUGAUGAGGAAGAUAAUAUUGAUUUGAACGAGGAAGAAAAAGAGCGCCAGCGCGAGCGGAAAAAAGCUUCACCGCCCAUUUCUUUAUUGACUAUGGAAGAAAAAAAAAUGAUCAUAAAGAAGAUUAUUGAUCAUAUCCCUACGGCAAAGGAUGAUCUCUUUGCUUAUCCCAUCGAGUGGGAAGUUGUUGACAGAGUAAAGUUUUUCCUUAAAUGUUUAUUUAUGUUAAUCUUUUUGAUUCAGAACAUCAACUUAUUUAAAUAG